GAGGUGUUUGGAUGGGAGGUAUUAGGAGGUUUCAGGAAGUGUGUGGAUGUGUUAAGGCGAUGCCAGGGGUAUCAAGAGGUAUCAGGGUUUGGCAAGACGUAUCAGAAUGUGUAAGGUUGCAUUAAGAGGUGUCAAGAAGUUGUUAGGAAGUCCAUCCGGCUUUUCCGUGUGUUUUCUAUGAAAUAAAUAAGUUCAAACUUGCCCGCCGUUCCUCUAUUCGCUCACCGUAGCGUCGUUCAAUGAUUAAACCUAGUGGUUUCUAGUAAUAUGGAUAAAAGGGCCGGGAUUCGGAAUCAGUUGCCUUACUGCUUACUGAAUACACGCAUAUAAAAACCAUAAAAACCAUCGAUAGUUUACUGGAACGAAAAAGCAACAAAAAUGUAUAAAAGUACUAUUAUAAACGUGUUCCUUGUUAUUGUCGAUUUAUCGUUGAGCAUAGGAAGUGAUUAUUAUGGAAUUCUUGGUGUAAGCAGAACUGCUGAUCAGGGAGAAAUUAGAAGAGCCUUCAAGAAAUUAGCAUUGAUCGAACAUCCUGACAAAAAUAAUGAUAAUCCUGAUGCACAAGCAAAGUUCAUUCGAUUGACAAAAGCCUAUGAAACAUUGAAAGAUCCAGUUUUAAGACAAAGAUAUGAUACCUAUGGAGAAAAAGGUAUUGAGACUGCGAAUAAACAAGGAACAUUUCAUUCUUGGAGUUAUUAUGCAAAUAAUUUUGGGAUAUAUGAUGAUGAUCCUUGGAUUAUUAAUCUCUAUGAGAAUGAUUAUUUUGAAAAUGUCCUUCAUGCAGAAAAAGUAUGGAUAGUAAACUUUUAUUCUCCUAUGUGUAGUCAUUGUCAUAAACUUGCUCCAGCUUGGAAAAGAAUUGCAGAAGAGCUUGAUGGAGCCGUAAGAGUUGGAGUUGUAAAUUGCGAAGAUGAAUGGCAACUUUGUCGCCAAAUUGGAAUAAGAUCUUACCCUACUUUAAUGCAUUAUCCAAAGAACUCAAAGGAUGGAGUACAAUAUAAUGGAGAAAGAACUUACACUGCUAUUAUGGAUUUUAUUCUAGACAAAUUGGAGAUUAAUAUUCAAGAAAUAAAAGAACCUUUGGAGAAUUUUAUUUCUCGCGGCAGUGAAGGAUCGAGCAAGCCUGUACUAAUAUUCGUUUGUGGCGGAGAUCGCGAUUGUUUUACAUCGACUGAGCGUUUUAAAGUUGCAGCAAUAUUUGAAAAUACGGUCGAUGUAAAAAUAUUCUUUUGCGAUCACGAGAGAACAUGCGCGAAAUCCAUUUCUGACGAUACAAACGCGGUUUAUUUAUCCGUUUCUUCACCUGUCAACAAUUCUUGGCAGAUUGUUCCGUUUGAAAAUGUAGAAGAAACAAAAGUACUGAUAGAAAAAGUAAUGGAGCGUCUACCGGAACCUUGCGAUCUGAACGCUGUUGAAUUUGAGAAUAUUAAAAAAUCUUUGACGGAAGAAGAAACAUCUAAUUCCGGAUGGCUCGUAUAUUUUUAUAUUGGAUAUAUAGCAGAGUCGGAUCCAGUGUUGAAAAAGCUUCCUAGUAUUAGCGAUGCCGUUAAAUUGGGUAAAAUUAACUGUGGAAAAUACUCGCACAUUUGCAAUACGUUAGGCGUAAAUCGUUAUCCAAUGUGGGGUAUUCUUAAGCCAGGAGGAGCAUUCGAGUUGUAUCACGGAAAGAAUACGUUCAAUGAUAUUGUUAAAUUUGUGUACAGUAGCGUUAAGGCAAUAAAUGUGUGGGCGUUGACCGCGGAGCAGGUGACGUCCAUAUUAGAAGGAAAUAAUGUUAACGAGGCGUGGUUUCUCGAUUGGUAUGCGCCAUGGUGUCCUCCAUGUGUAAACUUUUUAAGAGAAGUCCGCAAAGCGUCGUUAGAAUUUGACAGAUCGAUUGUUCGUUUUGGAACUGUCGACUGUACCGUACAUUCAACGAUUUGUCAUCGAUACAACAUUCGCUCAUAUCCGACAGCAAUGCUCAUAAAUGAUACCGACCUCGAUAAAUUCUCAAUGCAGAAAACUGCUGCGAACAUCAUUCAGUUUAUUAAUCAAGCGCGAAAUCCCACAGUUUUACGACUUACGUCGAAGAACUUCGAGAACCAACUCGGUCGGAGAAAAGGUAAAUUUAUCUGGGUAGUGGAUUACUUUUCGCCACGGUGCUCGCCGUGUCAGCGAUUUACACCUGAAUGGAUCGCCGUUGCAAACACUUUAUCCGUACUUCGAUUUAUAAAAAUUGCCAGCGUAGAUUGCGAAGCAGAAUACAGUCUAUGUCAAAGCCAAAGAAUACAUAGUUAUCCAACAAUACGAUUAUAUUCCAGCGAAAAUCAAGACUUAACCAAAUUCGAUUCUUACAGCGGACAAUGGGAUUCAAUCUCGGUAUUAAGAUGGAUCGUGAGAUAUUUUCCACGAAAAGUGCGACAGUUAGAUCCAUCGACUCUGCAGAGGGAGGCAUUAACCGACCAUAACGUAUGGGUCGUUGACUUUUUCGUUCCAUGGUGUCAUCACUGCCUUAAACUUGAACCUCAAUUUGCUAUCGCUGCUCAAUUGUUGACGAAGACAACGAUACAAUUUGGCCGUUACAAUUGCGAGGCUUACGUUACAGAGUGCAUUAAGGCUGGAGUUAAACAAUAUCCAACAUUGAUUGCAUAUAGUUCUCAAUAUAAUGGGAAGAAGAUUACAGAUGGUUUUCACAUAAAUGAAACCAUGGCUGAGAGUAUAAAACGUAGAAUCUUACAUUUCACGACUCGCAUGAAUCACGACGAACUGUAAAACUGUAUCGUGUUCAUAGUUGUAACGUACUGUUGGUACGACGAUUCCGACUUCCGAUUAAUAGAAUAAGAUUGGUGACACGGUACAUACGAAACAGUUUGUAACGAUAUCCGAACAAAUUUUACUAUGUGCGCGCAUAUACAUAUCGCGAAUGUAAAUUUAAUGUAACGUUACUAUUUAUAUCGCAUCACAGCCAAAGUUUCUACGCGCCCAAUACAAGAAAAUAAUACUCGAUGCGUUUUUAAAAUAUCUUUUCUUUUUUAAAAAUAGAUAUUUGUACAUAUUAUUCUGCUCUCCCUCUCUCCCUUUCUCUUAGAUGUAUUAAAAGUAAAGAGAACUUGAGUAUUUGCGUCUGCAUUUAGGCACAUGUUUUUUUUAUAUUUGUGUAUUUUUGGCUAAAUAAAUUGUAUUUUAAAAUUAUA